AUGCCGACGCCCAUCGACAAUCCAACCGAGGAUGAGCCGCCCGCCUUACCAUUCAAAACUGGAGGCCGGCUAGCCCGGAAUCAAGAAUACCUGAUCUUUUACUUCUUCACCAUCUCUUCAUGGGGCCUGGAAAUCGCUGCUGCAUGUCUCGGAUCGCUCUAUGGAGCACAGAGCCAUUAUUUCAUUGCCACUGUCGCCUCAUUUCUGGCCACAUAUGCCAUGGCUUUCCUCCAGACCUUGUGGAUGGCGGCCACGGCUCCAAGGAAUACAAUCGCAGACCGGAUCUCCUUUCUCAACCUCGUCUGCAGAUUCCAAAGACUCUGUGCUCCAACUGCUUUGAUCGGCAUGAUUACCUGGGCAGUUGCUUAUAGAUUUCGCGGGAAAGCUUCCAGUCAAGCCUAUUGGAUUAUCUUCCUGGUCGUUUGGAUCUUCAGUAUAGUUGUCUGCAUCAUGAAUGUUUACAACAACAUCAGUUGGGAGAGUGAUCUGCUAUAUCAGCUUGCUCCAGACCAACCUCAGGGCAAAUUUUGGCUUGCAGCACUGGGCAUUCGAGAUAUUUGUCGAUCGAAGCAUCCACUCCCCAAGGAUGCAGACAUGGAGCUGGAGCACUCAGCAGACAAGAGAGCAUGA